GCACAAGCCAUCAAGAAAUGCCGGCGCCUUGGCAUCGCACCGCAGCUCUUGCUGCAGGCGCUCGCGCAGCUGACAGAGGAGAUGGCCAAGGUUGCGAAAAUCGCUGGCGACCACGGCAUCAGCAACCUCAUGCUGGAGGAUGUAGAGCAGAUCCGACGCGAGCUGCAUGACAAGGUCCAGGCAGUUCGAGGUGGUGUGAAGGUCAUUUGCCGCAUCCGGCCCUUCGUCGAAGAUGAUGACGCGGAGCCUGGUACCUUCCCGGCCGUGGAGCAGGACAAUGGUCUGGAGGUUCUGCUGAUUUUUGCUUAG